AUGAAAAGGUUCAGAAUUUCUGAACCCUCUGAAAUCAAUGAGUAUAAGCGGAAUAUUUACCGCGAAGAAAGUACAAGAGGUUCAGAAUUUCUGAAUCCUGAAAAUCUGAAGUCAAUGAAGAUAAGCGGAAUAUUUACAGCGAAGAAAUCUACAAGGGGUUCAGAAUUUCUGAAUCCUGAAAAUCUGAAAUCAAUGAAUAUAAGCGGAAUAUUUACAGUGAAGAAAGCUACAAGAGGUUCAGAAUUUCUGAAUCCUGAAAAUCUGAAAUCAAUGAAUAUAAGCGGAAUAUUUACAGUGAAGAAAGCUACAAGAGGUUCAGAAUUUCUGAAUCCUGAAAAUCUGAAAUCAAUGAAUAUAAGCGGAAUAUUUACAGUGAAGAAAGCUACAAGGGGUUCAGAAUUUCUGAAUCCUGAAAAUCUGAAAUUAAUGGAUAUAAGCGGAAUAUUUACAGCGAAGAAAGCUACAAGGAGUUCAGAAUUUCUGAAUCCUGAAAAUCUGAAAUCAAUGAAUAUAAGCGGAAUAUUUACAGUGAAGAAAGCUACAAGGGGUUCAGAAUUUCUGAAUCCUGAAAAUCUGAAAUUAAUGGAUAUAAGCGGAAUAUUUACAGCGAAGAAAGCUACAAGGAGUUCAGAAUUUCUAAAUCCUGAAAAUCUGAAAUCAAUGAAUAUAAGCGGAAUAUUGACAGUGAAGAAAGCUACAAGGGGUUCAGAAUUUCUGAAUCCUGAAAAUCUGAAAUCAAUGGAUAUAAGCGGAAUAUUUACAGCGAAGAAAGCUACAAGAGGUUCAGAAUUUCUGAACCCCGAAAAUCUGAAAUCAAUGGAUAUAAGCGGAAUAUUUACAGCGAAGAAAGCUACAAGGGGUUCAGAAUUUCUGAAUCCUGAAAAUCUGAAAUCAAUGACAAUGAACUAUAAGUGGAAUAUUUAUGGCGAAAAAAGUUGA